UUAGAAAGGCUGCACAUGAAAGGUCUGGGGCUGGGGGGGGGACCAGGGAUUUGGGCUGCAUCCAAAAUAUUGAGUAAGGGUCUUUGAGACUUUAAAGCUAACUACAAUCAUUCAAGGGUUCACUGUGCUGCACGCCUAGAGCAGUGCUCUACUACUUUCACAACCUAUUUUUAAGACUGUUUACUACAAGUUUGUUCUUGCAAAGCUUUUCUUCUCUUGUGUGAGAGAGACACAACCCCAUCCUCCAGCAAAAAUGGAAGCCAUCAAGAAAAAGAUGCAGAUGUUGAAGCUAGAUAAGGAGAAUGCAAUUGAUAGAGCUGAACAGGCUGAAGCAGACAAGAAAGCAGCUGAGGACAAGUGCAAACAGGUAGAGGAUGAGCUGGUGGCACUGCAGAAGAAGUUAAAAGGAACUGAAGAUGAACUGGAUAAAUACUCAGAAGCUCUCAAAGAUGCUCAGGAAAAACUGGAACAGACUGAUAAGAAGGCAACAGAUGCAGAAGGUGAAGUGGCAGCUUUGAAUCGGCGUAUCCAGCUGGUGGAAGAGGAGCUGGAUCGUGCCCAAGAACGUCUGGCGACAGCCCUGCAGAAACUGGAGGAGGCAGAGAAGGCAGCAGAUGAAAGUGAGAGAGGUAUGAAAGUUAUUGAAAACAGAGCAAUGAAGGAUGAAGAAAAAAUGGAAAUUCAGGAGAUGCAGCUGAAAGAGGCUAAGCAUAUUGCUGAGGAGGCUGACCGUAAAUAUGAAGAGGUUGCGCGUAAACUGGUCAUUUUGGAGGGUGAACUAGAGAGAGCCGAGGAACGUGCUGAGGUGUCAGAACUAAAAUGCAGUGACCUUGAAGAAGAACUAAAAAAUGUCACUAACAACCUAAAGUCCCUGGAGGCUCAGUCUGAGAAGUACUCUGAAAAAGAGGAUAAAUAUGAAGAAGAAAUCAAGCUUCUCUCUGACAAACUCAAGGAGGCUGAAACACGUGCUGAGUUUGCAGAAAGAACGGUUGCUAAACUGGAAAAGACUAUUGAUGAUCUGGAAGACGAGCUGUAUGCUCAGAAGCUGAAGUACAAAGCUAUCAGUGAGGAGCUUGACCACGCACUCAAUGAUAUGACCUCUUUGUAAAUGCAUUUCCUCUUUUGGCUUUGCCUUGCUGCACUAAGAUUCUGCCUUUAAUACUAGUCUGAGUAAUUCCUAGUACUAGUCCAUCAGUCUUUUUCUGUAAAAACUGAAUUAAAUAAAAACAAGCUACCUUGAUACCUGUA